CAACUUGGACGGAUGUGUUGUGAAAUUCUCCUUUCCUGACUGGAAAGUGCUUCAAAUUGUGAGUGUUUUUGUCUGUUUCCCAAAGAAAUCCCUUUUUCUUUAAAACUAACUCUGAGGCACUUUUUUGUAUUGGAGUGCCCUCUGCUGUCUGCAGAUGGAAUUUUUUUUCUUUUUCUUUUAUUUUAUCUGCUUCAAUCCCGUUGAAAGGCAGGCGUUCCGGGAUUUUUUUUGGUGGGGUCUAGCGCCCCCGAAGACAGCAGAUUUUGAUGGGUGGAGUUUUACUCUCCCGAUAUCUCAACAGCAGCUUACAGCGCUGCUGAGGGCUUGCCGAGUGGUUUUUUUAGUUAGAAUUUUUUGCCGUUCGGCUCUUAUCUUGAUCGCAGUGGAGUUUUAUCGCUCCCAUGUGGGUAGCCUGCUUUAUACCCAGCCCUCUGUCUCCUCAGCGUGUGCGAUCUGUUUUUUUGCCGCCAAAACUUUUUUUUUUUAAACAAAAUUCAAAGGGCGGCAGGAGACUUGGAGAGCUUCUAGCUCGCCCCGCCCCCUUGCUCAUUCACGUGGUGGCAGCCAUUUUAGAGGCAUUGUGUGCGAACUUUCAGUUUCAGUUGGAGCUCGGGAAUUUUUCUCUGGGAGCGUAAAGUGCCGAAGUGGGGCGUUGAAGCUUCGUGCUCAUUAUUGAUAACACCUGCCUGUCUGCAGAGACUCCAUGCUGAGCAGCAAACUUUAAAUAGCAUAACAGGUUUUUGUUUUUUGUUUUUUUUCCGGACUGUUUGCGUUUCCUCCUCCUUGCUGGCGGCCGCCAUUUUGGGGGCGCAGUUUAUCUGAGAUUUCUAUUGGCAUUGUUGUUCUUCUGGGUCUUACCAUCAUAUAUAAACAUGCCAAAGGCCUUGGCCAAAUCUAACAAACGUCGGGGAACAGACUCCCCUCAGAGAGAUGAUUCAGGCCCAUCUGGAGAUCCUUCCUCUGGGGCUCCUACUUUUAAGAGCAGUCGCUCUUCCAAGCAGCCCUCUAAGGCCCAUUCUUAUUCUAGCCAUAGUAAGGCUUCCAAAGCUUCUCUAAGGGAUGAGCAAAGGAGAGAUCAAGCCAUUAAAAAGAUUUGUAGCAAGGCAACUCCAACUUUAUCCUCCUCUGCAGUAAUUAGCCCAGGGCCUGUUGUUCCAGCUGGGGUUCCUACUCAAGAAGGUUUAACUGCCACUUCUCCAGACCAAUCUUCUUUACAAUGCUGCCCAGUUGAUAUUCCCACAGAGGCAUUGUGGGGUGGAUCCAUUCCCCCAGUCAUUCAAUCAGUGGAUGUGCCCACGGUUUUGGCUUAUGAGGAUGUUCCUCACCCAGCUUCUUCUUUUGUACAUCAGCCUGUGGGUCGGGAGGCAGAGCAAGAGUUACCGGUUUCUCCUCACAUUCAGGCUAUCGAGCAAACGAUUCAAAAGACUCUCAUUUCGGGCCUUCAGUUAUCAGGGCGUGUUCCUUCAGCUCAUUCCAUGGCUUCAGUGAUGGGAGAUGAUCCUGAAAGGGAAGAACUACAGUCACAGCCGGAUUCAAUUUCCCCUGCUCAAUCAAUUGUCAGUCAACAUUCCUUUUUGGAGGAGUUGGAACGUGCAGAUCCCGACUUGUCUGAGGAUGAAGGGUUACUUCCUGAACAACCAGCUUUUACCGGCCUUUUUCCACCUAAUCUUUUUAAGUCAUUGCUGUUUAAGGCAAAAAAUGUGGCACAGUUGGGUUCUUCCUCUGCUCAGUCAGUAGCAUCAUCCUCCAAGGGUGCGUCAGACCUUGUAUUUUCCGAACCAGACCGUGUUGUUGAUACUAUACCUGCACCUGGUCUGUUUAUAGAAGUAGUCAAACGCCAGUGGUCUGCUCCCAGUUCUUCAAUGAUUCCAACUUCAGCAGAUAAACGCUUCUUUAAUGUAGAUCCUGAUUUGUCUUCAGUUCUCCAAACUCCUACUGUGGAUGCUCCGGUAGCGGCUUUGUCUGCUUCUUCAUCCAUUCCAGGCCAACCAGAAGAAGGUUUACGACCGGAGGACAGACGGGCGGAGCAGGUGCUCCAGAGAGCACAUCAGGGGUCUGCCUGGGCCAUCCGCUCAGCUUCUUCAGCUUCUUUCUUUAAUAGAGCUACCUUGCUGUGGCUUCGACAAUUACAGGAGAAGCUUCCCGCGGGGGAUACCCGUAUCCAUCAGGAUUUGAACAAGAUCAUUGCAGCUGUUCAAUUUUCGGCGGAUGCCACUUUACAUUCCAUGCGUUUUGCAUCUAAGUCCAUGGCUUCAGCCCUGACAGCACAACGACUGCUCUGGCUUCGUCACUGGCAGGCCGAUGCCCGCCAUAAAUGGAGAUUAGCGUCUGCUCCCUUCGCCGGAGAAUUUCUUUUUGGUGCUGCAUUAGAACCGUUAUUAAUUGAGACCAAAGAUAAAAGAAAAGUUUUGCCUACAGUACAUCGCAGAGGGGACAGUCGUUUCCACCCCUUUUCUCAUCAUCCUUCCUUUCGAGGUUCUGAUUGGGGGGCCAGUACUUCCAAGUUUCAGGGUUCUUGGCACCCUAGACAGAGAGGAGGUCAGGAUAGAUCCUCCCGUGGCAGGCCUUUUUCAUCUAAGCGGCCCUUUCGGGGUGGAGGAAGCCGCCCCUUCAGGCGUCAUCGUUAAGUGCAUUACUGAUUCUCCCGUUGGUGGCAGAUUGGCCCUUUUUGCGGACCAAUGGGAGUAUACUACUUCAGAUAUCUGGGCCAACAACACGAUUAGAUACGGUUUAUCUCUGGAGUUUGUUUCUACUCCACCAAAUUUUCACAUCCGCUGUCCUCUUUCUAGGAACAGGGAUAAGCAGGUUCUAAUGUCUUCAGCGGUCAAACAUUUGCUGGACAUUAGGGCGAUUCAAUCAGUUCCGGUACAUCAACAGGGACAAGGGUUUUAUUCCCUUUUAUUUUUAGUACCUAAGUCUUCUGAUGGGUGGAGACCCAUAUUAGACCUUAAGAGAUUGAACCGUUUCAUCGUGUUUCGUAAGUUUAAAAUGCACUCUCUUCGUUCGAUUUUAGAUGGCGUUAGGAAGGGCGGCUUCCUUACCUCCAUUGACCUCACUGAGGCUUACCUGCACAUCCCCAUUCUUCCUGAUCACCAGAAGUUUCUCCGGUUUUGUUAUAACGGGGUCCAUUAUCAGUAUAGGGCCUUGCCAUUUGGGUUGUCCUCUGCCCCGAGAGUCUUCACCAAAAUAUUAGCUGCCCUAGCGGCUCAUCUUAGGGCCAUUCCGAUUCGACUAUACUGCUACUUAGAUGAUAUUUUAAUUUUGUCAUCUUCAGAGAUGAGGGCUAGAGAGGAUCUCCAGGUCGUUGUUCAGGCUCUCUCAUUGCAUGGUUUCUCUAUUAACAUAGAGAAGAGUCACUUGACUCCUUCAACCUGUUUACUACACUUAGGAGUGAUUAUCGAUUCAGUAGUAGAUAGCGUUUCCUUGUCACAGGAAAGACAGGUUAGUCUCAGGUCUUUAGCGGGUUCUAUUUUAAGGGAACGUAAAGUUUCCUUACUGUCAUUAUCUCAACUCCUGGGUAAGAUGAUAUCGGCCAUUUCUAUCACUCCAUGGGCGAGAUUCCAUUCUAGAGACCUCCAAUGGUUCCUUUUGCCUUUCCAGAGGGCGGGCACAGGCAACUCCCAUUCCAAGGUUCUGGUGCCCAAAGCAGUUCGCAGGUCUCUCAUCUGGUGGCUGUCGCCGGCGAUCUCCAAGGGUUCCCCUCUACACGAGCCUCAUCGUUUGGUGGUGACAACAGAUGCCAGUCUCCUCUGUUGGGGAGCACACUUCCAAUCGCUGGUGGCUCAGGGGAGAUGGUCCGCCCGAGAAAGGCGUUUCCCUAUCAACUGGCUAGAAUUGCGAGCAAUUUACCUAGCUCUUCGUUUUUUCCAGAGCCAUCUAUCAGGCAAGCACGUGCUAGUGCUCACGGACAAUAUUACAGCCAAGGCACAUAUCAACCGACAAGGGGACACCUGGUCCAAGGCUCUGAUGGACGAAGCAAGGCGACUACUCCUGUGGGCGGAAUGGAACCUUCAAUCCUUGGCAGCAGAACACAUCUCCGGAGUGUCCAAUGUUCAGGCAGACUGGCUCAGUCGUCAAGUCAUAGACCAGGCGGAGUGGCGUCUGCAUCCAGAUCUAUUCAAGGACCUCUCACGUCGAUUUGGCACUCUGGUGGUGGACAUGUUCGCAACACGGCAGAACACGCAGCUUCCUCGUUUCUUUUCCAGAUUUCCAGAUCCUCUAGCAGAGGGAGUCGAUGCUCUUCGCAGUCCAUGGCCAGAGGGGUUACUCUAUGCGUUUCCUCCACUUCCAA